GCCGUUAUUCUCACGAAAUUUUGGGUGGAAUGUGCCUGGUGAAUCAGUUCCAGAUUCUGUUCCAGAUUCUUUAUAUGAGGGUUAUUCGGAAACACGCAGUGAGCCUAUUGAUUUAAUUGCUGAAUUAAUCAGUUGUCGUGAUAUUCAGUCGUCAUCGUCAGUUCAAGCUAAAACAAAGAUUUUUUUAUCGGAAACACAGCCACUUCAAACUCAAGAAAUUCAUGAGCUCCAUGAUGACACAAGAAUUAAUAACGAAAGUUUUGAUCCAUUGUUUGUAAGCGAUGAAAAUAGUUUGAAUGAAACACUUCCUCCAACAAGAUUUUAUGAAAAUCCCGAAGGUUCUCAAGUAAAUUUUUCGUCUUCAUAUCUUAACUGUUACAAUAAUUCUUAUUCGUAUGAUUCAUGCUUCAAAAAAAUUUCUUCCAAGAACCUUUUUACUUCCUGUCCAUCCUCUGAAGACAUUGGACAUCCGACGGAUUUCCAUCAUUUCAAAAAUAUUCAACAAAUUCUGCAAAAUGAGAAUUCAGUUGGAAAAAUUUUCAAGAAAGAUCAUGGCAAAUUAUUUGAAAAACAUAAAAUUUUCUGUGGGGAAACUUGCAAUUCAUUAAAAAAAUCUCUCGAUAAUAAUACUGAUUUAGAUGACAGUGAUAUUCACUCAGUUAGCAAAAUUAUAGCGAAAAAAAUGAAACAAAGUCGAUUGCAAGAAAGUAAUCGGAAACGAAUUAGUUCCUUAAAAAAUUUAUAUUCUGCGACGGAUCAGUGUCGUCAACGAAAAAUAGAUGAUUGGCUUUUAAGCAAAAAUUCAGAAGAUGCCAAAAAUGCAUCAAGACUUGUUCCAUUUUCGAAUAUCGCAGAAGGUCCUAAGCAAUUAGCCAAGAAGCUUCACCAUAUAAAGAAAAGCGAACCAUUUUUAAAACCACUUGAAACGAAUUUAUCCAAUAUACCAGCGCAAAAGGCAAAGUAUCAUUUUAAUUCAUCAGGAGUUAACCGAUUUCCAGCAAAUGAGGGAAAAGAAAAUGUGGAAAUUAAUGCAGGUAAAUAUCGUGCUGAAGAGUCUCUCGAUUCGAACUUGAAAAAAAUAUUGAAAUCGCCAACCGUUCAUUUAUAUGAGAGCGAAAGAAAUAAGCGAAUUGAAUCGUUAGUGGGUAAAAUAGUGCGUAAGAAAAGUGAACGUCAGUUUUUGAAAGGAUAUGAGUGUAAAUGCUGUGAGCAUUAUUAUGAUGCUUUGAAGUUGGAUGCAGAAUCUCGGAUGGAGCGAAUCAACCAGGUAUUUCCUGUGUAAUU